CGGGGUUUGUCGAGAAAACACCCGUAUGAAGGUCCCGGAAGGCGGAAGUGAUGUGCCGAGCGUAUAAAUGUGAAUAAAUGAAAGGCGACUGUGUGCUUUUGGGCUGUAAAGUGGACUGUGUUCGGGGUAUUAAGGGGUGUAAUUCGGGCUUCGGUGUUCGGGGUAUUAGGGAGUGUAUUCAGGGUUCGGGUGUGCAGUAUGAUACACCGCUUUUACUGUGGGAGGGGGAAAUUGUGUAGCGGUAGUGAGGUGUGCUAGCAGGUGUGAAGCUAGCUGCUCUUAACCUGAGGUAAAGUUUGUCUCGCGGGUUUUCCUCUGGGGUUCGGGAGAAGCGCGGUGAGGUGCGGGUUCUGGUGCUGGCUCAGGUGUUUGAGGUCGGGUUAGUUAUUUGUGAGGACGCAGAGAGGGAGCACCGCUGCUCGGGUUCGUGGGUCUCUAAUUAGCGCAUUGUUCAACCAGGCUGCUUUGUGUUUCGGUUAUGGCACACAACACCGAAAGUUCCGCGGACUCGGGUCCGGUCGCCGAGCUGUCCGUUUCCUUCCACGAGGAGCUCUCGGCGAGCAUCCAGAGCGCUUUCGGUGUGGCGGGAGAGCUCGCGGUGAGCGAGGUGUCCAGACUGGUCCUGAAAGCCUUCCGAGAUGUUCGCGAUCAGCUGCACAAGAGCCUCCAGGCCAACCGGAACCUCCAGGCGAGGCUCAAUCAGGCGCAGAAGGAGCUUCGUGGGACGCGGCGGACGCGCGACGCCGCUGUCAAUACGAGCCCCAUCAGCCCCGCCGAAACCAUGCUGGACGCCGGAGGGACGCAGGAGGACUCACCCGGGGAACCGUACGCGUGUCAAUCGUUCCGCGAGAUCGGGGAGGACGGACUCGAGAGCGUGCAGGACGUGAAACCAAGUCUCACUUUACAGCCCCGUUUACAGCAACUACAGGAGACUGAAGGCAUUAAAGUGGACUCCGACUCCAUGCAGGAAGCCACUUCCCAUGCCGAUCAGGUAUGCAUUGGGGUGGCGAUGGUACCUGAAGCUUCAGCGAUCCAGAUAAAGGGCCGUUUAUCAUUCGAGCCUGGUCGCACGGCAAAGCUGGAGGACGCUGAUCAAUGUGCUUACUCCAAAUCUGACUCGGAGCACGAGUUCAGCCCGGAUUCCCUCUCGAUGGCUCAAUCUAAACUGUUGGAAGACUGGAGACCUGAUCCGCUUCAGCAUCCGAGCUGCCAGUCAGAUGCAUACGCUUCCUCCUGCAGCUCAGCUCUGGGAGAUCUUCCUGGUAUGGACUUCCUUGCAUCAGCCUCGUCCAGUCAGCCAAACAUGUGCCAUGAACCGCUCUCUGGGAGCGAACUCUCCGCCCAAAGCCACCCUGCCCCUAAUCCGCUUUUCCCCACACACAACUCUGGACAAGCGCACACUUUAGGCCAGUCUUUUUCCAUUCCGGCGGAAGUGCGCCGGUACCGCGGUGCCCUGCAGCCCAAGCCACCCAGCCAUCAGCACAAAAGUCCCAAACGCAACCUGUAUCCACCGGGGCGCAGCCCGUUUCACUGUUCACAGUGCGGCCGAGACUUUAACCGCAUGGAGCACCUCAAGAUCCACCAAAGGAUCCAUACGGGCGAGAAGCCGUACGUUUGCACUGAGUGCACCGCACGUUUUCGACACUCGUGGGCGCUCACGCGACAUUUCCGCAUUCACACAGGCGAGAAGCCGUAUGUGUGCGCUCAAUGUGGGAAAAGUUUCCGGAAUUGCGGUGGACUACGCUUCCAUCAGAGGACACAUGCCCGAGGUGGCCUGAACAACGCUAAACCCAAUAUAGAGGGUUAUGGGAGGACAUGAGGGAAAGCUGCUUUCGGGUUUAAAAAUAUUCAGGUCGCUUUAAAAUUCCACACAUUGAGCUUAUAUGAACAUAACUUUUUCUAUAUGAGGGCACAGUAUUAUUCAUUUGUAACCCACCAAAAUCUUAUGCCCACUACACAUUGGUAAGAAGAAAGUGACAGUAUUUGAGUAGGGCUUUGCAAAUGAUGAACGGUUGCAAGAUGACAAUCAUAAAAUUUAAUCAUUUACAAUUUUACAGGUCUUCAGUUUAUUAAAUUGUGAUGCAACAAAUGCAAAUGUUUACCAAUAUUUUUUUUUUUUUAUGGUUGAAGGCAAACCGUUUUUUUUUUUUUUCCCUUUGGGUGAUGUGUGUGUGGUGUGUUUAGUUUUGCCUUUGACUUGUGAAGUAAAUUUGCAUAAAAGUGAAUUUCUUUUAUUACUAUUUUUUGGUCUCUUUGAAGACGGGGAAAUAGACGGCAGACCAUAUUUGAUUAUCAUUUAAUUGAUUUUUAAGUUGUUGUUUAAUGUUUCUCCACACGUUCUUUUUUUGGGUCAGAAUCCAAAGUUUCCAUAAAUACAGAAUGUUAAUUAGA